AUGUCUCAAGAAUUGUCGCACGGAAUGUCGCACGUACCGUCGCAUGCACUGUCGUACUCACUGUCGCAAUUCAACGUUCGUCGCUCGUCGCACUACCCAUUCCUAGUAAAUUCCUCGUUAUGGACUGGCUCGCUACACGCACACGCUGCCUUCAACGCCGAAGCUCACUCUUCGAGGCAGCUCCAGGGGAAGCGGCGAGGGGGAGCGGCGGGGGGAGCGGCGUGGGGAGCGGUGGGGGGAGCGGUGGGGGGAACGGUGGGGGGAACGGUGGGGGGAGCGGUGGUGGAAACGGUGGGGGGAACGGUGGGGGGAGCGGUGGGGGAAGCGGUGGGGGGAACGGUGGGGGGAGCGGUGGGGGGAACGGUGGGGGGAGCGGUGGGGGAAACGGUGGGGGGAACGGUGGGGGGAACGGUGGGGAUAGCAGCGCCGGAUCUCAGCGGAGUGGUGUGGGUUAAGACGCACACGCUCAUACCAAGCACGCACAACCGCCCAGACACAUUAUGGAUCGGCGCGCACUUCAGAGGGGGAGCGGCGAGGGGGAGCGGUGGGGGGAGCGGCGGAGGGAGCGGUGGGGGUAGCAGCGCCGGAUUUCUGCGAAACGGUGGGGGUUAA